GCACUGGUGGUUCUCCACAAUGACAUCGUUGUUGUGGACCUACUCUCCCCCAGCUACCCCCGUUUUGAGAACCCCUAUUGAAGGGAUACACACGAGUCACCUGUCACCGGCUGUACACACCUGGCUGACUGCCCUGCUGACCUCAACCCUGCCCUCUACUUAGCUGGGGCCAGGGGAGGGGGGCACAGGAAGCAGGGUUUCUCUGAGAAGGAGUGGCCAAUCUCUGGGAGGGAGUGGGACAGCACCUCUUGCCCCUACCCUGAAAUGACCUUGACUGGACAUGUGGAUGGGUCAAUAAAAUUCUGGGAUGCCUCUUCUGUGGGACUCCAGAUUCUUUACAAUUUCAAGACUGCAAACGUAUGGCCUAUUCCAGUUCACUUGAGUCCAUCCCAGCCUCCCCAACUGCAUCCCAGCCACCCCAGUACAUCCCAGCCUCUCCCAGUACAUCCCAGCCUCUCCCAGUCAUCCCCAGUUCAUCCCCAGCCUCUCCCAGUGCAUCUCAGCCACUCUUAGUGCAUCCCAGCCUCUCCCAGUGCAUCCCAGCCUCUCCCAAUCCAACCCAGCCUCCCUCAGAGCAUCCCAGCCUCCCUCAGUGCAUCCCAGCUUCCUUCAGUGCAUCCCAGCCUCUUCCAGUCCAUCCCAACCUCUCCCAGUGCAUCUCAGCCACUCUUGGUGCAGCCCAGCCUCUCCCAGUCCAUCCCAGCUUCUCCCAGUGCAUCUCAGCCACUCUUGGUGCAUCCCAGCUUCUCCCAGUGCAUCUCAGCCUCUCCCAAUUCAUCCCAGCCUCCCUCAGAGCAUCCCAGCCUCCCUCAGAGCAUCCCAGCCUCCUUCAGUUCAUCCCAGCCUCUUCCAGUCCAUCCCAACCUCUCCCAGUGCAUCCCAGCAUCUCCCAGUGCAUUCCAGCCUCUUCCAGUGCAUCCCAGCCUCUCCCAGUACAUCCCAGCCUCUCCCAGUACAUCCCAGCCUCUCCCAGUGCAUCCCAGCCUCUCCCAGUGCAUCCCAGCCUCCCCCAGUGCAUCCCAGCUUCUUCCAGUACAUCCCAGCCUCUCCCAGUACAUCCCAGCCUUUCCCAGUACAUCCCAGCCUCUCCCAGUACAUCCCAGCCUCUCCCAGUACAUCCCAGCCUCCCCCAGUGCAUCCCAGCCUCUCCCAGUGCAUCCCAGCUUCUUGCAGUACAUCCCAGCCUCUCCCAGUACAUCCCAGCCUCUCAGUACAUUCCAGCCUCUCCCAGUGCAUCCCAGCUUCUUCCAGUACAUCCCAGCCUCUCCCAGUACAUCCCAGCCUCUCCCAGUCUAUUCCAGCCUCCCCCAGUGCAUCCCAGCUUCUUCCAGUACAUUCCAGCUUCUCCCAGUGCAUCUCAGCCUCUCCCAUUACAUCCCAGCCUCUCCCAGUACAUUCCAACCUCUUCCAGUACAUCUCAGCCUGUCCCAGCGCAUCCCAGACUCUCUCAGUAUAUCUAAAACAAUUAUUCCCUGUAAAAACAAUGUAAAUUAUUAUUGUACAGGGAAGUUUGAAGGAGUAAAUUUAUUCCCCCUAGCACUGCUGAACGUAAUCAUGUGUUACCUCUCAGUAGAAAACAUUUUAUGCGAGGCUCCCUUCCAAUACUCUGAAAUUGCUCUCGUUUUCGUUCCGCCUCGGGAGUUUUAAGGGGGAACUUCACUAAAUCGAGUAAUUUAUUCCCAUUUUCUCUUUCCCGCAGUGCCUCGAGGUGCCAGUCAUUUAUGAAGUAUGAAAGCAGAAACGGGUCUCCAGAAUAUGAUUUUUGAGCAAGAUCUUCCCUUCAGGCCAGGUAGUGGGUGUGUCUGGUACAUGCUGAGGACAAGGCAGACUACUCCUAUCCUGUGUGGCGUUAGUCGAGCCACAGCCAAUAGUCUGGAGACCCUCACCUUUGUACUAUUCCUGAUAGACUUUGCUGCUGCUGCUGCUGCUGCCUACGUAUGGGUCAAAGGUUAGUAGUGCACUACUGGCUGGCUGACUGACUGACUGACUUUUUGGCUGGCUGGCUGGCUGACUGACUGACUGACUGACUGACUGACUGACUGACUUUUUGGCUGACUGACUGUUUUGCUGGCUGGCUGGCUGACUGACUGACUGGCUGACUGACUGACCGACCAUUUGGCUGGCUGACUGACUGAAUGACUUUUUGGCUGGCUGACUGACUGACUGACUGACUGUUUGUUUGGCUGACUGACUGACUGACUGACUGACUGACUGACUGACUGACUGACUGACUGACUGACUGACUUUUUGGCUGGCUGACGGACUCAAUGACCGUUUGGCUGGCUGGCUGGCUGACUGACUGACUGACUGACUGACUGACUGACUGACUGACUGUUUGGCUGACUGACUGACUGUCUGUUUGCCUGGCAGACUGACUGACUAACUGACUGACUGACUGACUGACUGACUGACUGACUGACUGACUGACCGACCGACCAACUGACUUUGGCUGGCUGACUGACUGACUGACUGACUGACUGACUGACUGACUGUUUGCCUGGCUGACUGACUGACUGACUGUUUGCCUGGCUGGCUGACUGACUGACUUUUUGGCUGGCUGGCUGACUGACUGACUGACUGACUGACUGACUGACUGACCAACCAACCAACUGACUUUGACUGACUGACUGACUGACUGACUGACCAACUGACUUUGGCUGGCUGACUGACUGACUGACUGACUGACUGACUGACUGACUGACUGUUUGCCUGGCUGACUGACUGACUGACUGUUUGCCUGGCUGACUGACUGACUGUUUGGCUGGCUGACUGACUGACUGACUGUUUGGCUGGCUGGCUGACUGACUGACUUUUUGGCUGGCUGGCUGACUGACUGACUUUUUGGCUGGCUGGCUGACUGACUGACUGACUGACUGACUUUUUGGCUGGCUGGCUGACUGACUGACUGACUGACUGACUGACUGACUGACUGACUGACCAACCGACUUUGACUGACUGACUGACUGACUGACUGACUGACUGACUGGCUGACUGACUGACUGACUGAUUGACUUUGGCUAGCUGAGUGGCUGGCUGGCUGGCUGUCACCACCACCUAGCCUAACCUAACAAAACUAAAUUAACCUAACCCCUCAAAAAAAUGGACCUUUCUUUCUUUUUUUUUAUUAGACUUUUGUUGCCCUUGGUUGGUGUCCCUUGUACAUUAAAAACAAACAAACCUAACCAAACCGUGUGUGUGUGUGUGUGUGUGUGUGUGUGUGUGUGUGUGUGUGUGUGUGUGUGUGUGUGUGUGUGUGUGUGUGUGUGUGUGUGUACA